CAUUCGAAUGUAGAUCUAAAAGUUUCGAGCGGACUGCAAAUCAUUUUUAACUCGUCUUUUUUUACCACUGUUAUUGAUUUUUAAAGCGCGAAAUGAGUGAUGCGGUGGUUUGGGACGAUGAGAGCACCAUCAAGUUGAUCCGCGCCUAUCGAAACGAGACGCUGUUGUGGAACACCGAACAUCGGGCGCAUUCGCAUCGCCAGGAAAGGAUCGAUUCCUGGAUGAAAGUGGCCACUGCCAUGGACAUGAAGGUGGUGGAGGUCAAGAGGAAGAUGAACUCCCUGCGAUCCCAGUUGCGGCGGGGCAGUCCAAGCAGAAGGUGGUGGGCACCGCAUGUCGCCUUCUUGAUGCCGCCCAACAAAAACCAAAAUGAGACCGAAGCGCCAAAGAAGUCUACUUAUUCAGAAAACAGCUUUGGCUCAUUUUCCGAUGAGGAUAUGGAUGACUUAAGCAGCGAUUGCGAGUUCCUUGCGGAAAAUUCGCGCAAAAGACCGUAUCGCUCGGCAUUCGAGGAGUUUCGAGCCGAGUUCGAGCCACCAAAGUUGGAAGCGGAGAUUCAGGAAGUGGAUUUAGAGCCGAUGGGCGAUUUAACCGAUGAUUUGGUGAACGAACAAGCAUCCAGUAGCUGUAAGGCCGUCGAGGGAAAACCGGAAGAGAAGGAGAAAAAGCCGGAGAAUCAAGAGCCGGAUACUACGGAUAUCAAGGACAGUAAAGAAUGUGAUACGAGCCUCUAUAUGAAGUAUGUGGCCUGCAAACUGGCCCAGUAUUCGCCACGCAUUCGGAGUUGUGUCCAAUUUCAGUUCAAUAGGAUUCUCUACGAGGCGGAUAUGGGAAUCCUAGGUGGCGAUCAUAAGCCUGAGUGCUGAAUCGAAAUGCGCAACUCCA